GGCUACAUUGACAAUUAUGGAGUCUUGUGGUAAUUGUAAGAAAAAAAGUGUGACUAAAUGUUCAGAAUAUUGCAGUCGAAAACUGUGCAGCGAAUGUAUGCCAACUCGUCAGGAACUGAAGUGUUGUAUGAAAGCUAAACAAAGGUUGCCUGUCAAUUACCUGUGUGACAGUCAUAACAAACUUUACUCAGGAUACUGCACCAUAUGCUGUAAACCAGUAUGCAAAUAAUGUAAAAAACAAGCGGAUCACAUUAUCAUUACUCCAAGGGAAACAGCAGCCAAUAUCAAAGGAGACGUGAACCGUAUGAGGCAAUCUAUUAAAGAUAAGUUUGAUGAUUUAGAACAGAAUAAGACAUUUUGUGUCGAAAAAGAAACAGAGCUACUUAUUUUACAAAAACAAUUUGAAAACAACAAAAUUACGCAAAGACAUAUUCCUUCAUUAAAUGAAUCCAUUGCUACCAGUGAGGAACAAAUCAAGGAACUGAAAAAUAUUUGCCAGAAAAAACACAUAUUACUUACUACAGCUGAAUCAAAUUUAGAAUCCAUUCAACAAGAAGAAUACUCUCUUAGGAUCAUUUCUUCGUGGUUAAAGUUGAGAAGUGCGUUACAAGAUUAUGAUGAAAUAUCGUCACAUAAACAUCAAAUAAGUCAAAAUGUAGUGUUUCAUCCUGAUCUCGAAAACAAAGCAUACCAUAACAGAAAGUUAGAAGUAAACCCAGGACAGAAAGAAAAGUUAUCUCAAUCAAAUGAACAAGUUACAGUUGAGGAACUCGCAUCACAGUUAAGUGCAGUAAAAUUACACGAAGAAGGUGAUCAUCUUAUAGACUCCAAAACAAGCCAGGCACCUUCUAGCGAAGCGUUGAAUGACUGCGACAAGGAAUACUUAAAAGAUUUAAUAAAUGUGCUCUACAAAUUUGCGUGCGAUGUGAAAGUAUCGGAAUUUCAAGAUAGCGAAAAGUCAAUAUUAUUAAAAAAGGUAGAUCCUGGAAUGGAACGUGUCAAGAAACAAGCUGGAUAUAUUCUAACGUUUAUGCUAGAAAAAAGAAAGGAAUGUUUAGAAAGAGAAGAAAAAAUAGAGACUUUAAACCAUCGAUUAGCCAACUCAUCAGAAGAGGAAAUUAGGGCUCAAUUUGAUCAAAAUAUUAAGGCAAAGGACGAACGAUUAACAACAUUCACACAACAGAUUAAAUCAAUGGAAUUGAAAAUGGCAAAACAAAAAGAAGAAAAUAGUUCAAUACGAGGGGAAAUGGAAAAACUAAAAACAGAUACCUUUGAAAAAAUGAAAAAAGUACAACAUCAGAAUGCAAUCUCGUUGAAGUCAUCAGAUAUACGAAUUAGUGAAUUGAUGUUAAGUAUCGCCGAGGAGAAAGAAACAGUUGCUGGGCUGCAAAAAGAGAAGCUUAAUUUACAUAAUCAUAUUAUCAUGAAGGAUAAGGAAAUUCAACGCGUAAUGAGAGAAAAAGAAGACAAAACUUUUAGUAUUGCCGAUGAGAAAGAAAAGGUUGCAUUGCUGCAAAAUGAGAUGCGGAAUUUACAUAAUCAUAUUAUCAUGAAGGAUAAAGAAAUUCAACGCGUAAUGAGAGAAAAGGAGGACAAAAAUUUAAGUUCCUUUCAACAACAUUUGAAACAGCAAAAAGAAAAGGAAAAACAGUUGAUGUUGUUAUUGAAGGAAAAAGAUGACAAGAUAUCCGCUUUACGAAAAGAAAACGAUGACAAAAUACAAGCUUUACAAAAAGAAAAAGACGACUUUCAAACUAGGCUGAGCAGUGUUGCAGGUGAAAAAUUGACCGCAGGAAACCCAGCUAUAACAGAUCUUGGAGAUCCAAAUCGGCCAAUGAAGAUUGGUGAAAUGUACGGUGAACUAUAUGAUAAUGAAUGGACAGAUGCAAUGGAUAUCACUGUCGAAGCCAAAAAAUAUUAUCCUGGCAUGGGUUCAUCAGAAGUAGAGGAAAUUGUUAUUCGUCAUUUGUACAGAUUAUUAAUGUGUACUAAUCAUCAAUGUGUGAUUUUUUCUGCUGAACAAAUGAGCAUCAUCGGGAAAAGUAUUUCGACGACACUUCACUUAGAUGUAAAUUCUGAGGAUGAAUCAUCUUCAUUUCCUGGGUGUAAGGAAAUUACUCAAAUCAGAAGACAGAAUACUGAGAAAAUUGUAAAUUUCUUACUUGAAAAUCAGGUUCUUCAAGAGAAAAUGGUUUUGUAUGACUGGGAAUAUGAACACAAGAACGAACAUUUGGUAUUGUCAUUAAUGAAGACUCCUUUCUUUGAAAAGUGCAUUCGUCUUUGUUGGCUGAUGGCUAUUCAGGAUCCUACUAUGCAUUUGGAGGGAGAUCUUCAACCAGGUUCAACAUUUGAUAAAAAUAUAUACAAAGAAUUUGUACAAAGUGGCGAUAAAGUUAAAUAUGUAGUUUGGCCAGCAAUGUUUUUGCACAUAAACGGACCAUUGCUUUAUAAAGGUGUUGUCCAAGCAUACUGAUAACAAUGACUGAAAUGAACCUCUGUAUAAUGGUAUUGUGUUAAAAAUAUAUCUGUGUUAGAAUAACAACAGGUAAGAGAUACCAAAUUUAUAACUUUAAAGCUUUAAGCAGAAUUAAGAAUUUAAAGGAAAAUACAACCAAUCAAAAUGUGAUCACCUGCUGUGAUUCAAAUCCAACCUGAAUGAAAACAUUCUGUCAUAUACUAAAAUUAAGAUUGAACCAUAUUAAGUGAAGACGUAGACCAACAUAUGAAAAACCACAAACUAGACAAUAACAUUAUUAAAGUCAGUUCUCUGUCUUAUAUUUAUAUAAAUUUCAAGAUUGGUUUAUGUCCUGGAAAUUCAAAUUUUUCUUUUGACUGUGGAAGAAAUAACAAACAGGAACAUGUAAAAAAUUUGAUACUGGUUUACGUGCGCUCAACACAUGGUUUGGCCAUGAACAAAAAAAUAAAUACAUUUGUAAAUGAAAACGUUUGAAAGCAUAAAAUUAAAAAGGGAAUAAAUUCAAACCAAUUUCCUUCAACAUAAAGGUCAAAUUUGACUGAAAUAGUUGCAACCAAAAAACUCCUGAGUCAGCCUCCUCGGUGUUUGGUGGAUUUUGUGUGGCUGAAUCUGUUUUCUUCUCUGUAGCGUUUAAAGACUGUCGUUUGGUAACCUUUUUUGUUAUAAUCUUGGUGUUGUUUGUAUCUCAUAAUUUAUGAACUAGGAAUUUACAAAAUGUAUCAUUUAAAUCAUGGUCGUACAUUGUGCUUCGUGUAUUGAUCCAUCGUAGACUGUCCACUAAUAGUAAAUGUUUUGCUCUAAUAUAUUUUGAGAUUAAUUCUUUGUAAGCCAAUGCAAUCAAUAGGUUGAAGUAGUUCUACAAAAAUCCUUUAAGUAUAUAGUUAUUUUCGGUUAUCUAAUUGGCUUACAAUGCCAGUGGUCACAACUGAAAUGCAUAAUAAAAACUCAGUGAUAAUGUGACAUGGUUAGCAAGGAAUUGUGUUAAAAGAAAUAAAAAUGUCAAAUAUUAAUCAUAAAGCCCAUGCCAAGAUAAAGAAGGAAAACAUUAAAAAUGAAACAUACAUCCUUCCCCCCCCCUCCCAAACAAAAUA